CGCGUACAACGGCCUGUGUGCCGCUCUAAAAUUUCCGUCUGGAAACCACCUCCUUCCAUGUAAUCGCUGGCUAUCAUUCGUCCAAGCAGAGCCAGCGGUGCGAUCGUGGCAGUGGCGGAGUGGAGCAAGCGACUUUUGUAUGUAAAUUAACAUUUCAAACGCGAUAUUGUCACCUGAGUAUUGUAGCAAAUACUCCGCAACUGAUGUCUCCAUCUUUACGAGGAAACUGAUGCUAGCGAGAAAGAAUCGUUAGUUUUGCUAUCGUUUUAUAUCGCACUGUUUCUUACUACGAGGGAAAGGAGGCUGGACCUGAGGGAAUGUUGAGGCAGCCCACAGCUUAGAGGAUGGAGAGUGUAUGAGAGGAAGAAAGAGGCUGCAAGACAGGGGCUGAGUGCCUCACCAUCGCCACCUCUUGACCAUGCUGAGUGUGUGUACAGUCCUCCUGGUGGUUGCUGCUGCAGCCCUCUCCUCUGCAGACUCCGAUACGCACAGACACGACUCCAACCUGGAGAUCUACAAGCGUCUGUUUGAGACCAAGAGGAAAGACCAGCUAAAUGCUCUGAAGAACCUGGUGGAGCUCAAUGACAUCAACCAGCAGUAUAAGAUCAUAGACAUCAUGCUGAAGGGCCUGUUUAAGGUGUUGGAGGACUCGAAGGCCGUCCUUAUUGCAGCCAACAUGCAGGCUGAUGAUCCCUUCCCCAUGGAUGACAAAAUCAAAGAAGCCUACUCCCAUGUGGUGGAGAACACAGCGUUCUUUGGGGACGUGGCGUUGCGUUUCCCACGUAUUGUCCACCACUACUACGACCGUAACCCUGACUGGGGCGGCCUUCUGCGAUGGGGGCUCCGCUUCUGCAACCUUACUGGGGUGUUCACCGGUGGCGCACACCAGCAUGUUCUCUCACUGAUGUCGCAAGAGUUGGGAAUAAUAGAGAAAUCCCCGGACUUCACCAACCCAUACCGCACUGAGAGAGACAACGUGCUUCACACUGCAGAGGCUUUUCAAAAGAUCCUGAGGGAGGAGGAGAAGAGGAGGAGGAAAGAGGACAAGAGGAAAGAGAUUAGGAAGGGGCCCCGCAUCUCCCGCUCCCGUACUGAGCUAUAGUACUUUACCUCAACUCUUGGAGAGAAAUGACGAGGAGAAGGAAAAUGUAGGGGGAUGUCCUAGAUUCAGUGAUGAAGAGGUUGGGUCUUGGAACCGGUGAGUUCUGUCAAAGGGAUAAAGUGGCAGCAGAGCAUUUGAGAGGGAACUAGAAGUGUUUGUGGCACAUGAACAAACUGGAGAGAAGGAAAGGAGGUUGAGCUCUAUCUGUGGAAUCAGACUUACUGUAUACAGAACUGUGCCCAAUCUGCAGUUAUUAUGAAACAAAGAAAAUACAGCUAGCACAUGUUGAAGAAGAUUUAAUAAGGAAAGAUCAUUUUCAUAACUAGAUUACAUAACUGUACUUUGGAAGAAACAGCAAAUACCCAAUGUUAUGUUUUUUUGUGAAUAGAUUGAAUACAAUGUACUACCAUACAAUUGUUUUGAUGAUGGGAUUUUGUACGUAUGAGUUGUUUACAUUCCCAUUCAUCAAGCUUUAAAAUAUAAAGCUUGAAUUUGUUGAAUUCUUUUUUGUGUUUAAGUUUUCCUGUCGCCUUCUCCGGAGUUAGCAGAUUUAUAUAUAAUGAGAUUUUAUGGGUUUGUUGUUGAAUGGUCCUACUCUAGGUGUAUCCUCUUGAUUUGCGGUACAAGUGUUGAUCGCAGAACCACUUUUCAUGAUGUCUGCCACUUGCUUUCCUAGACCCGAAUGCUUUCUUAGCUCUGUCUGUGUGUGACUGUCCGCAUGAGUGUUAAAUGGGGUUUGGUCACUAAUGAUUUUAAAUAAAAACAAUUUUACAUAUUA